UUACUUUUGGAGAGCCGCUUGAUCAGAUGUAGUACUUAGUGGGGUUGCCCUGUCUGUUCACUGCCUGCGAGUCAGGCUGAAUCCGAGUCACGUGACAGUUGCCCGAGGCAGAGAUUGAGAGAAAAGCGCUUCAUUCCUUCUUCCACCGCCAUACUGUAUUUUAUACUAAAUCUCAUUUUUAUUCCAACAUUUUACUCCCGCUCGGAAAACACGUGAAGGACAAUGACUGGCAAGACUCAGACCAGCAAUGUCACCAACAAGAAUGACCCCAGAUCCAUCAACUCCAGGGUUUUCAUUGGCAAUCUCAACACAGCGAUAGUAAAAAAAGCUGACAUUGAAGCUAUCUUUGCCAAGUAUGGGAGAAUAGUUGGCUGCUCGGUACACAAAGGAUAUGCAUUUGUUCAGUACAUGAGUGAAAGAAAUGCACGGGCUGCGGUUGCAGGGGAGAAUGCAAGAAUUAUUGCAGGACAGCCACUCGACACAUCCUUACCUGUCCCCGCUUUGAGAGUCUCUGAUACCCCUAGGAAUGCAUGCUUUUUUAAAGAUAUCAAUAUGGCUGGUGAACCAAAACCCUACAGACCAAAAGCUGGAUCCAAGAGACCUCUCUCUGCCCUUUAUAGUGGUUAUGAAUUUGAUUAUGACUACUACAGAGAUGAUUUCUACAAUCGGCUAUUUGAUUACCACGGCCGUGUGCCGGCUCCUCCCCGAGCGGUGAUCCCAUUGAAGCGGGCUCGGGUGACAGUGCCCUCCACACGCAGAGGCAAAAGCACCUUCCCCAUAAAAGGAGUGUCAAGAUCAAUGACAGGCUCCUCAUCUUCAGGACCCAAAUUAAAAUCGGAUGAGCUCCAGACAAUCAAAAAGGAACUGACACAAAUUAAAACAAAAAUUGAUUCCCUGCUGGGCAGACUGGAUAAGAUUGAGAAGCAGCAGAGAGCAGAAACUGAUGUUCAAAGAAAAUAUGAAGUUACCACAGGGUCUCUUCAUGAAGAAUCCAUAUCUGAGAAUGCAGACAACUCUACAGAGGAGCCAGGUGAAGGAGGUCCUGAUGCUGACGGGGACGAAAUGACUGAUGGGAUAGAGGAGGAUUAUGAUGAAGAAGGCAGUAAUGAUCUGAUAGAGAACCAUUUAUCAGACAUAGAAGACACCAGCAAUUGAUACAAAGUACGGUAAAACAAGCAGAAGAUGCCGAACACCCCAGAAUCAGCUUCAGAGACACAAUGUGAAUGUACACGAAGAAAGUGACCCAACUUCCUACGCGAGAAAUGAGGAAAUCUGCAAAUCUAAUACCAGUAUUCUGAAAGAUGUGGUAAUUCUUUCACACAAAUAAUAUCCGCCUAAAAAGAGCUUCUUCAAAUAGCAGACUAAAUGUGAAUAAUAAAAUUCAGAAUUUGUAGUUAUCACUAAUACAGUCACUUGGACGUGAUCUACAUCUGAUAUUGUCACUACUGUUUCUUUGUCCUGGAUUACUGGAACCAAAAUGUUUGUCUGCAUUUUCCAUGCAGUAGUCAGUAGAAAGCUAUAAUUGGUUUUGUUAGUUGUUUCUGUAUAAUACUGUACACAAGAAAGGUAAGAAAUAUGACAAUUAGCACAGAGAAUUAAAAAUGCAGUUGGAAGAUAAUACCACAUUUAUCAAUCCUUGUUUUUUUUUCUUCUGUUGCCCAUCCUGUGAUGUUUUAUGAGGUUGUUAUGUAAUAGUACAUUUGUAAAACACUUGGGCCGGUAAAAGUCCAAUGAAAUGACAUGGUGAUUUAUGUUGAAAUUCUGACAGCAUUUUAUAGAAAUGUAAAAUAAUUGUAAAGCUAUUUUUAUGACCGGCAUGUUUUGUUGUUGAUCUUUAUUUCAGGUUGAUGAUUGUGUGGCUUCGGCUUUUGUUGAGUAACACACAACAGAUUCACAAAGCAGUUUAAUACUGCAUUCAGUAGAAUUUGUGUUACUGGUGUAUUGGGUGCAGUGUGUUACAUGUUAUCAAGAGUACUAUCCAAUAUAAACCAUGGAACGCUGACAACAAAAAGUACCAGUCGAUUCCCUGGCAUAAACAUGAAUAUAUACAUUUUUAGUAGAAAGUGGUGUAAUGUAUAUUGAAUCAAAAAGUGAAACUUCCACAAAUAGGGCUUGUUGUCAAAAAAGAGUUAGAGAACCUGAAUUAAUUUUGUUCCCUGGGAUGUCUAGAAAAUGCCUUUUGUUUUAACUAAUCGGUUGGUUUUCAUAGCAUUUCUUUGAACAAAAAGAAUUAUCCAGACCGUUUUUUUCCACUGGAGACCUGGUUUUUCACACCUGCAUAAAACUUUU